UCAGUGCGAAUCAGAAAUCCUGGCCGGAUAAUCGCAUAAGUUCGCCAAGCUAAGACCGACGAAAUAUACGUUUUGCAUGACGGAAUCUCUUUUGGCGGAUAAUAGCAAUUUGAUUCAUCGAUCGGGUUAUUCAUAGCCACCCUGAGGAACUUUUCUAACUGGUUCCGUGUUAAUUGGAUCAUAAUCGAUAGCGAGUUUUGAUUUCCUCCUGACUAGUAGAAUGUAUAAAAGAAAUUUCUGCAUCGAUCAAGGAUAUUUUAUCGCCCAAGUAUAGAAACUCUAGCAAAUUUUUAAUCGCAAAAAUGGCGGCUUUCAAUGGAGUUCGUGUGCUGCCAGAUAUACCGAACAUGGAGACCUUAAUCCAAGAGUUCGAGACAGGCUUCAGAUCGUCCAAUCGCCAGGAAGUCGUUUCGGAAUCGUCGAUUUCAGGCGGCGGCAGCUUCGUCAAGAAAAUCGUCGAAGCUUACGAGUCGAGUGUUAAAGCAUCUAUUGAUAAUGCUGAGCAGGAGCACGCUAGCAAAAGGUCCAGCCUUUUCAACACUAUACGGAACCGGAAGAAUGUGGAAAAGAGCGAUUCAAGUCCCUCGAUGUACAGCGAACUCGGCAGCAACUUGCGACGUUGGAGCAGUCUUAAAAAUACAUCGGAAAUAUCUUCCACCGUGAAGAAGUAUGAUCUUGAAGACGAUUUCGUGAUGCCUAAUCAAUACCAUUCGAAGAGCUGCAAAAAGACCGACAUCUUAAAGACGUGGUCUUCCAAGAUAAAUAAGUCUGGUCUUAUGAAAGAAUUGAUGAACAUUCGACCCAAUUCCUCGAAGAAAAGCGAAACGGAAAUUCUGGACGGAAGAGGUCAAGCAUUCUACAGUCCCCCGGAAAGUGAGAGAAAGUAUAAAUCGAAAAACAAUAUGCCAUUGAUCUGCUCGAGUCCUUUGGAGGAUGUUGACGAUAAAAAUAUAGAUUAUAUUGAGGAUCCUCUUGACGAUAUCUUGACGAAUUCUCAUGAUUCGAGCAACGCCAGCAAUAAUAGUUACAAAAACUUGCAAGUCGACUUGUACGACUUCGAGAGCGAAGAAUGGGAAUUAUCCUCGACUUCAUCAUCGCGAUCAUUGAAUUCUUCUUCGAGAUCUUUGCACGAUGAUACAUCGAGCACAAAGAGUCAUACCAACGGCAAUUUGUUAUUAGAAUCAUCCUUUGAGGACGUCACCGUUAUACCUUCUAAAGAUUUAAACGAUUGUGAGAACCAGGUCGCGGAAGAGAUAUUAGAACCCUCCUCUAACUUUAUCCGGAAAUUGCCGCAAGUGAUCGGCGUUUCAUUGAAACGACCAAUCAAGAUCGACAACGAUACAUCCAUCACGUGGUUACCGGUGCUGGGUGAGAAGUUGCCGCAAAAGAAAUCAUUGAAGAAGCUAUUGUCAAUGUUUAAUCGAGCUAAGCUAUCAUUAAACCACAGAAAGAAAUCAAAGGAGAGGCAGCCGAAGAAGCAGCACAUCUUCGACUCGGGAUUUAUCGAACAAUGUCCGUCAGUGUCGUCUUCCUCUUCGCAACAAUCCUGGUACUCUGAUACCGGUCACGUCGACAACAAGCCAUCGACGCCGCCAACCUUCGGUACAUUUGGCCGCCCGAAAUACGUCAGCGAGCAUUGUAAUGGCAGGACAGUCAAGAGUCGCAUGAUGUUGACCGAAACAACUCAUGCUCCGGAACUGGCAAAUGAUUUUGUAUCUUUUGAUCCGAAUCCCUCGCACAGGACAACUCUCUUGAACGAAGAGAAUUGUCAGGACGUCGAAUCUUCAUUGAAAAACGCAGGUUCUUCGAAGGUUUUCUGCAAAUACCCGUUGCUUCCUAAGCACCCCCAUUUGAUCCGUAGCAGCGUCCCCAAGCAUCCUUUUGUCGCGUGGACAAAAAUGGAUCAAAUAGAGGAGGAGGAAGCGAUAGUAGAAAAAAUGCAGAGUGGCGAAGAAAUCGAACAGAAAUCUGAUGUGCUCGAAUUGAGGUGUUCGAGUACGUUGCCGAUACCUGUGCCUCAAUCUACGUUAAACGUUUCGUAUCCCAGGAUAUCCGGAUGCGCGGAUUCCUUUGCGAAUAACAACUAUGACGUGCCAAAUCCACAUAAGUUAACGUCGGCGCUCGAUGAGGUCGUUUUUCGUCGACAAGCACCCACCUACGAUGUUCCUCGACGUUCCUGGCUGUCUAGUCUUACAAUGGAUUCCUCGCCUCCCGUUUAUAGCGAUAACUUAUAUGAGGAGAUCGUGCCUUGCAUGCCUCGUUUUGCCACCGUGAGCCCGAAAAACUUCAGAUUUUUCAUAUCCCAAGAAAAAUCACGAGCGAUCGAAAACAGCUUUGACAGCUAAUAGAGUAUCGGAAGUAUUAUCUUUCUCCCGAAAAAAAUUUUCGACGAGGUCGCAUGAUUAAUUAAUUAAUUCGUACUUGGUUUAAAAACAAUUAACUCUCUCAAAAUCUUAUUGAUAAA